AUGGAUGGUUCUUUCUCCUCCAAACCCACAAGGAAGAGGAGAAGCCAAGAGCUAGAGGCUAGCCAUGGGAUCAAUCAUACACUGGAAUCCAAGAAGGAGAAGACAUUGCAAGACGCCCGAAGCUUGGAUCUCCUUCCUAUCGGGGAAGCACCCAAGAAAGCUGCUGGUGUUGACAGACUCAGUCGCCUACCAGAUGAAAUUCUUGGUACCAUUGUCUCCCUCCUAUCUACCCGAGAUGCCACUCUCAUGCAGGUUGUUUCCCGCCUAUGGUGCCAGAUCUGGCGCUCUACCUCACUUAGCCUUGACAUGAGAGCAUUCUCUGCAAAUGAGAACAAGCGAAUCAUCAUUGCAGGAAAGAUUCUUGCCGCUCACCGAGGCCCUAUUCACCAUAUAGUUCUUGUCUCUUACUGCCUCGAGCGAUGCAUCACCACCUUCGAGGACUGGUUGAAGUUACCAAUGCUAAACAACCUCUCUCAGCUUGAUUUCCAGUUUGCCACCAGGAAUACCACAGCAGAUCAGGAAGCUGACAUGACCUACUCGCUAGUACUCUCAUUGCUUCGCUUCUCCCCCACCCUACAGGAGGUCAACUUGUCUAGGUGUUGCAUCCGUGAUGAUCUUAUUACUCGGCCACUACAUUUCCCAAAGUUAAGGAAGCUCAAUCUCCAUUCGGUCACAGCAUCAGAGGGUUCUCUCCAUGCUGUCAUAUCUGCCUGCCCAAGCCUAGAGAGCCUCAACAUCAACUACACGAUCGGGCUGCCUCGCCUUUGCAUUAGAUCUGCUUCAUUAAGGAGCCUAUGCAUAGGCACCACACAUGGUUUGAAACAGGAGGUCAUCUUCCAAGAGAUAGUUGUCGAGGAUGCACCGCUCCUCGAAAGGUUGAUCCCAGCUUUUCUAGAUGAUGGCCCUACGAGCAUCCAGGUAAUUAGCGCACCAAGACUACAGAUAUUGGGCAUCCUGCCCAGCUUCAUCUCCAGACUUGAGAUUGGGACUGCGGUUAUUCAGGAAAUGCCUUCUGUUAGCAUGACAAUGUCAGUGCCCACUGUGAAGAUUUUGGUUCUCCAGUCAGUUGGCCCUAACCUAGCUGCUUUUGUGGACCUUCUCAAAUAUUUUUCCUGUCUGGAGAAGAUGUACAUCAAGCUAUCGCUGCAACCUAAUGUGAAAAAUGAUCUACGCAACUAUCAUCCUGGACCUGUUCACUGCCUGGAACACCAUCUUAAGACUAUUGUGCUCAAAAGAUAUCAAGAGAAGACAUCUGUGGUUAACUUUGCAAAGUUCUUCAUUUUGAACGCCAAAGUUCUGAAAGUAAUGACAUUUGGUGUCCGGGAUAUCAUCCAUCAGAAUGAGAAAUGGAUGACCAAUCAACGCAGGAGGCUACAGCUGCAUAACAAAGUUUCUAAGGAAGCUCGAUUUGAUUUUGAUAGCAAAUACUGGUGCGAUUAUCCUGAAUCUACCAAGAUCGAUGAUUUCUCUAUCUCAGACCCAUUUGAUUUGUCAGUGUAG